GUAGUGUAGUAUCUAUUCUGAAAAAAUAUUAGUGUAUCAACUAUAUUGUAAAAAAAAUCUAAUUAUACAUAGCGUUUGUGCUUACUCGAAUGCUUUUAUGACGUUCGGGCUAGUUAGUAUCAAUUAAAAUCAAAUAGUACAAGUUUUUGGAAGUUUAGUGAACUUAUUCUGACAGUGUUUGUGUAUUUUUCUGUUAUUAAUAUAAUUAUAAUAAAUAAUUAUUAAUUCAUCAUGGGAAAUGUUCAUACGUGUGGCCCAAAUGAAGCGCUUGUUGUAUCCGGAGGAUGCUGUGGUUCAAUGAAAAAACGAACAAUUGUAGGCGGAUAUGCAUUUUGUUGGUGGUUCGUCACGGAUGUUCAACGUCUAUCCUUAGAAGUAAUGACGUUGAAUCCUGUAUGCGAGAGCGUGGAAACUGCCCAGGGUGUGCCCCUUACAGUAACAGGGGUCGCUCAAUGCAAGAUAAUGAAAGCUGAUGAGUUAUUACACACUGCCAGUGAACAAUUUCUAGGAAAAAGCGUUAGUGAAAUAAAGUCUACGAUUCUUUCUACAUUAGAAGGUCAUCUUAGAGCCAUCCUUGGUACUCUCUCAGUAGAAGAAGUUUAUAAAGAUCGUGACCAAUUUGCAGCUUUAGUUCGUGAAGUAGCUGCUCCAGACGUUGGUCGUAUGGGCAUAGAAAUUCUCUCUUUUACUAUUAAGGAUGUUUACGAUGACGUUCAGUAUUUAGCUUCUUUGGGAAAAGCGCAAACUGCUGCUGUUAAACGAGAUGCUGAUGUGGGAGUUGCAGAAGCCAACCGUGAUGCUGGUAUCAGGGAAGCAGAAUGUGAAAAAUCUGCCAUGGACAUCAAGUAUAACACAGAUACCAAAAUCGAAGAUAAUGCAAGACUUUAUCAACUACAAAAAGCUAACUUUGAUCAGGAAGUCAAUACAGCAAAAGCUGAAGCUCAGUUGGCUUACGAACUUCAAGCAGCUAAAAUAAAGCAAAAAAUAAGAAAUGAAGAAAUUCAAAUCGAAGUGGUGGAGCGACAUAAACUCAUCGAAGUUGAAGAACAGGAAGUAAAGAGAAAAGAACAUGAAUUGAAGAGUACUGUUCGUUUACCAGCUGAAGCAGAACAUUAUAAAAUGACCACAAUCGCAGAAGGAAAACGAACACAAACAGUAGAGAAUGCUAAAGCUGAAGCUCAAAAAAUUCGACUAAUUGGAGAAGCUGAAGCUAGAAACACUGAUAUAAUCGGAAAUGCAGAAGCUGAAAGAAUGCGUCUCAAAGCUGAGGUUUAUAAAAAAUAUAACGAAGCUGCGAUUCUCAAUAUCGCACUUAAUGCAAUGCCAAAGAUUGCUGCUGAAAUAGCUGCACCACUCGCAAGAACAGAAGAAAUCGUUCUACUGGGUGGAAGUGGUGGCACUUCGGAGGAGUUAACCCGACUCGUAGGUCAAGUACCUCCAGCAGUUCAGGCACUAACUGGAGUAGAUCUCUCCAAGGUUUUAGCUAAAAUUCCAGGCGCAAAGUAAUUUAUCCUUGUUACUUUUUCCAUCUACAACAAAUAUUUCUAUAUUGCAAACAAAUCUAAAAAAUCAAUUGAGUGAAUAAGCUAAAACACUCUUUCGAACAAAAGACAGAGAAAUAAUACUGCCAAUUAAUUCUCUGAUCUGCCAAUCAAGUUGCAAUUUGGCAACACUACACUUUUUGUCUUUUUCCCGAAUUCUUCUACCUCAUGUUUGGAUGUAGGACUCAGAAAAUAAUAGCAUUACACAUCAUUAUCAACAUGUUACCAUGCACACUUUCUCCACGAUGGUCCGUCUCAUUAAAUAAUAAUUAUUAGAAUAAUUAAUGUAUAAUUCAAUUUCAACUUGAACUCUGAAUCGAUCCAUGUAAGUAACAUAAAUACCUGUUGAUUUAGCCUAUAUAUAAUAUUGAAUGAAAGGCUGCGAUUUAUUUAAUUGACAAACAAAAAAUUGCAAAUAAAAAAUACGAGUUAAUGGUACUGUUUGAUUAAUAAUGACGGAAUUAGUGCACAUAAAUUAACUUAUUGAGGUGAUUAAAUUGAUAAAUCAAUUGUGAUUCAUUACUCUUCGACCAUUGUGUUCAAUGUGUGUAAUAAGUAAAUUUAUUGAGGGAAAGAUUAAGUGAAGUGAGACCGUUAUUAUAUUAGCGGUGAAAUUAUUGUUUAUCAUCGAUUGCAAUCGUUAGCAAAGCCAAAAUUAUUCUAAAACAUUUCCAAUUAUAUUUAUGGAAAAGUUUAGAUAAUUUGUUUUUUUCUUUUUUCUGAAGUCUCACACGGAUCAUUUAAUUGAUCACUUUCUUGAAAAAUAUUUAAAAUUAAAUUCAUAUUUUAAAAAUAUGUAAAUGUACAUAAAAUGUACAAUGAAUAUCUAUCAAAUUGUAUAUACACUAAUCAAAGAAAAGAAUCAUAAACAAAAAUUUUAGCUAAAAAUAUUUAAAAAAUAUUUUUCAUCAAUUAAUAGAAGAUAAACGUUUUUGACGAUCUCUAAUAAUAAUUAUGAUUACUGUGAAAUUAUACUCCAAUAAAAUUAACUAAUUGAUUAGCAAUUGAUAAUAGUAUAGAAUCAAUAAACUCUAUUUGCAAUUAUUUGGAAAAAUGAAUUUUAAUGCAUCAUAUAUUUUUCUUAUGAUAAAAAAAAACUCUUGAAGUACAAAUAACGUGAUUGAUAGAUCUUGAAUCAUAUGUAAUAAUUGCGCAAUCAAUUAAUAUUGAACACGGUCUUCCCCAAAUUUCAAUUUAAUUCGAAUGGAUUAAGAAUAAUUGAGUUAUAGAAAAAAAUGUAUUUGUUCCAUCUACAUUUGAUACGAUUUGUGGAUAGUUUUUAAAAAGAAUCUGAAAUUUGAUGAUUCAAUAAUUUUUGAUCAAUUGAUGAUUAAAUGUGAGCUUCAUUGUUUUUAUUCUUUAUUUAUAAACUAA